GAGAGUUGGUAACACUGUGACAUACUCUUAUAAACAAUUAAACAGAAAGUGACGGUGUGAAAUAAUUUAUAUAAAAGUUAAACUACCCUUUAAAUUAAUUUACUCUUUGAGUUAAACCUGUCCAUAUCUAAACUAAUAAAAAUUAGAUAGGAAAUCUUUUGAGUGCCAAGAGACAACUUAGGCGCUUACAAUCCAACUGCAAUUAUUAUCAGAGACAAAUUAUGAAGCACCUGAGGGAUGUUAUUAUUUACAUUGGAUAAGUAAUAUUGAAUAUUUUUAUUCAUUUAGCUUUACUCAUUCGUAAUAGCGCUACUUACUAAAGGCUACUUAUCCGACGCGGUAGUGAUGACAUAGUCACGGAGAUAAAGCUUUAGCAAAGCUAUUAUAAAAUGACAGACGAAAUAAUAUGUCUGAGCGACACCUCUUCGGAGGACGAUGAUCCCAUCAAUAAAGUACGGGAAUUUGAUUUGUCCGUCGAUUACUUUUCGAGACACGUUAAAUGUCCCAAACUGGCUCUGGAUGACCAUUUUAGAGCCUAUAUAAAGAAAGAGAAUCUGGAGCGACGAUUCAAGCCUCUGAAAUGUAGCAGCGAACUUAUAGAAAAAGUGGUUUCAAAUUACCUUAUUGUUAAGCAGAUAUUGAGUAAUUUGCAUUGGCGAGAUAAGUUGUUGUGCAAACAUGUGUGCACAACAUGGUAUGCCGCUGUGCAGUCUCUUAGGAGAGAGCAGUUAGCACCUGUGGAUUACUCGAUGGUCUUCCCAAUGUCAUCUGUGAUUUGGGCAAAGCUGACAAUGUCUAGUGAGCUGGUAAAUGAGCCAUUGGUAGUUAUGACAUUUGUUAAUAAGGAUGGGGUACAAAGCACGAGACACUGCCCAUCGAUUCAUCCCCCCCCUUGUUCUGUUCCAUGUGAUGAAAUUCACUGCUUGCUUGAUUCAAUACACAAAUACACAAGUGCACCUAAACAAUGUGCAAAUGUAAUACAAUCUGAAUACUUCUCGUACCUGCCAGUACCAACAUCAGUGACCUACAAACUCAGCAAAACUAUGAUGGAGCGGUCCAGACCUCACUUGCUGGGCCUGUUCAUACCAGUCAUACCUGAUGUUAAGUUACAUACUAUCAUCAUAAACAAGGAAUGGAAUAUGAGAAAAUUUUAUAAAGUUGUCAAACAUAUAUCAAGGAAUAGAAUUUUUAAAGGCAUAUUAGUUUAUGUAAGUGAUAAGAACUUUCUACGAUCUGUGGGACUAGGACCGUUUUUGAACUAUUUUCAAGAACUGCAACCAGACAUACCUUUUGGUUAUGGAGGCUGUUUAAUACAGAACACAUUAUUUAAACAUAAUGGUAUCAAAAGAACGGUCCAACGCGUCGCCGAAGGGAAGGUCUACAGGAGUGGCAACAAGGUCUCCAUCAGUGUGUUCACUAUACCCAAGAACCCUCAGAGCAAUGAGUGUAACUUCAAUAUGUAUUCCCUUGUCGUUGACGUCGGGGAGAAUGAAUUGGAGGCACAGGAAACUAUUAAUGAGUUUUCCAAGAGAGUACCUCAGUUUGAAUACAGUGCAGUCAUCAAACUGUCAAGUGAACCGGAGAAUUGGUUUGAAAAAAAACCGAUUUGGGAGCAAGAUUACUUCCGUGCAGCGUUUCCGAACACCACACUCAUCGGUUGUUUUGGAAAAGGACAGUUGGGCGUUGACCACCCACCAAAACCUGACCCCUCACCAUAUCCACCAAAGAAAAAACCUUGCCCUGCACCUAGACCUCUAGAGCAGAAUUAUAAUAGAGUCUAUUCAGACUCUACUGUUUUUGUUUACAUGGGAUGGGGAAAGAUAUUGUCCAAUGGGCCUCCAUAAACUAGAGAAUUAUAGAUAAUAUUGAAAAGAACCAACUUUUAUAUUUUGUUACUAGCGGACGCCCGCGACCUCGUCCGUGUGAAACUCGGUGUAAACUUUCAACCCCUAUUUCACCCCCUUUACUACUAAUAUUUUUGGAUGUUUAGUUUUCAUUAUGUGUAAUAAAUGGUCCACUAGUCAUUUUACUUCAUCCUCUUUUUAACACUUUAGGGGUAAAAUAUUUAAAAAUCUUGAACAUCUUGACAUUAUUUUAAGUAUUUUUUUUGGUAGUACACAUAUCAAUUUUUACAAAAUAUGUAACUUGAAAACUGACAGACUUUCCAUACAAACUUUUAACCCCUGUUUCAUCCCCUUCUGAUUUAAUUUUCUCAAUAAAAAGUACCUAUCCUAUAACCUUCUCCGUAUUAUGGUCUCAAAUCGUGCCAAGUUUCAUUUAAAUUGAUUCAGUAGUUUCAGCGUUAUAGCCGAUCAACAAAAAACACGGACAGACAGACAAGCAAAAAUCGAAAAAAAAAAUAUUCAGGCUUCAGUAUCUGUUGUAUAAUGCCCUCCAAUUGAAAUUUUUAAAAUAUCUUCAUUGUGCACAAUUUGUCCAGUAACAGUUUUAUCUACCUAUAAUAUAUCAUAGAUAGAUUUCAUGUAGGUAUGUUAUAUUUUCUAUUAUACCUAUCAUGUCUUAACACGAAAUAAGUCAUGUUUAUAAAAAUUUUAAUUUUGCUGUUCUCAAAAAUGAAGCAUUAUCACCAACCAAAAUAAAAUACUUAAAUUGUCAAAAAAUUAAAUGUAAGUAGGUAGUUAAGUUAUUGUCUCUUUUAAAUUUGUUUACCUAACUAAGGACGCCCGCAUACACCCAGUUUUCGUAUUCGUUUUCCGAAUCCGUUUUCUGUGUACGGGAAACUGUAUGCAUGAAAUCAAUAUAAAAUACAUUAAAUGACGCACAUGUACGUUUUUUUCCGGAUGGAACAAAUUCCGUGCGUAACAAAUGCGUGCCCUUGCGACAACAUACAUUACGAAUAAAGAAAAACGUAAAGUCAGUGGUAGUCUCACGGAAUUCCAAAUCGGAAUUACGCAUUAGGAAAACAAGUGUAUGCAGCCGGCGUUAUAAGUAGGUACAUUAUAGUGCGUCUAAAAACACUUCAUAGAAGUUGUGGAAAACAGCCUCAUAUUUGUUUAUAAAGGACGCACAAUCAUGUAGAAAAUGUCACUUAAAAACUGGCCAAUUUUGCUUUGGCAGUUUUAGAAUUAUUGUUAAUAUAUUAUAGAAUUAUUCUUAAUAUAUAGAAUUAUUCUUAAUAUAUAAUAUUAUAUUGAGAAAAUUAUACCUAAAGGCUUUUAAUUUUAAAUAUAGUACAAUAUUCAAUAAAUUCCCAAAGUCAACCUUAAGGAUUGAGUUUAAGGUUGAAUUUGUAAAUGCGACUAUUGAAUUGAGUGCCAAGAAGUUGUGUUUGGCACUCAUUGAGUUUGGGGACGUUUGUGGCCGCUGAUUGCGCAUCCACUUUUUAAUAGGAGAUCGAUGUCGAACACACCGAUAAAUGCUGUUUUCAAAGCAACAUCUAAAUCUCCAAAGUGAUUGUUUGCAGUAUGUUCAUGUACGCACUUUUAAUUAUUUUUAUUAUUAUAUUAACUUUGAUUGCGUAUUGUGUAACUAUGUCCCGUACCUAAUUAAUGUUAAAUAUGUUUUUCACCUCACUAACUCAAAAAUGAUGUGUUUGCUCUACGGAACCAGUGAAGAAAAGUCGUGUUUGCUCACUCAGUGAAAUAAAAAUAUUCGACUGCUUUUGUUUUUGUCCAUAGAUAUGCCUAUAAAUUUCAAUGUGAAGUUGUUUGAAGAAUGUACAAAGGAGGUUGUUAUUAAAAAACAAAAUGAGAAUGUUUUAAAUAAAUAAUAAAUAAAAAUUCAA